AUGUUAUGUAAUAAUAACAAUAAUAAUAAUAAUAAUAAUAAUAAUAAUAAUAAUUAUCGUAAUCGUUUCGUUAAUUAUUUAUUUAUAGCGUUAAGUCGUCCUGAUACAGCAAUAACCGAGCAUAAUAACAAACAACAACAACAACAACAACAUUUGAUGUGCAAUUCUGAUUUGAAUACACAAGUACCACCGCCAGUAUUGUCUUCAACAACAACAACAACUAUUACCAAUAGUGGACAUAGGGAAGAACAAACACUGAACAUGCCUCCAAAUGGGACAACAAAUGUAAACUGUUUGUUACAUUCAACAGUGGCAACACCAACAAAUCAUCUAAUUAUUAGUCCACAUACACAACAAGAUUAUAUUAAAACUUCUGUCGAUUUCUAUACUGCUGUAUUACAUUUAAGACAAUGUUUGCAAGACGACGAUAUUAUAAAGAAAACAUGUCCAGCAUAUCUGGAUCCUGAACGUAAAAUAUCAGAUUUACGAAUUCAUAAUUGUUUUCAAGCAAAAGAAGCAGUUGAUUGGUUAAUUAAAAAACAAUUAUGUCAAAAUGCUCAAGAUGGAACAACAUUAUAUCAAAUAUUGGAAGAUUUAAAAAUUAUUCAUCAUGUGUUCGAUCUGACAAAAUUCGAAUAUCCAUCAACAAAUAAUACAAAUGAAGCAAAGUAUUUAUUUCGAUUUCGUCUUGAUGAUGGUACUGCCGAUGAUAAUAGUCAUUUUCAAAAAUUUGCAUCGAUCUAUGAAAUAUACGUCAGUUUGUUUAAAUUACAAAAAUCUCACUGUCGUGGAGUAGAUAUGUUACAACAACACCAGAACGAUGAUUCAGCUAGAAUUUUGUUAAAAGGAGAUAAUCUAGCUCGAAUGCUUUCAUUCUGCAUUCCUAGUAAUGAAACAGUUGAAAGAGUCGCCGAUGAUAUGUUACUAUAUGGUUUAAUAAAAUUUGAAAAUUGUGAAUCUGAUUCUGGAUCAGUAUCAAAUUUAUCACCAUCAUCGACAACAUCUUCAUCUCCGUCGUCAACGAAUGGUACUUCUAUGUGUUUUUGUUCAUCAGCUAUACCAAAAUUUCGUAAUGAUACACAUUGUUAUUAUAUAAUUAAUACGCAAUAUCAUUUGUCUUGGAAAAAACGUCUGGAUUUAGAUGCUUUGAUGAAGAAGACACAAAUUAUUUCACCAAUAAUAAAUGGGUUUUAUGAUGGACCACUUUUGAGUUCAUCUUGUCCUGAUCGUUUCAAUCGUCUAUGUAGCACAAAUAAUCAAUAUCGAACGUAUAAUAAUUAUCAACGUACAACAACAUUAAAUAAUCCAUUAUAUGUCAAUUGUUAUUGUUGUCGUCGUUAUAAUCAUGAACUUAAACAUUCAGCAGCUACAUCGCCAAUAAAUAAUCAUCAAAAAGCUACAAUGCUUCAACGACAUAAUAUAUCAGAAUCAUCCACUGAUACAUACGAUACUAUUGAUCAACGUUGUAUGUCACCAUCACAACAGCUUCAGACAAUUAAUGAUCGACCCAACUCACCACUCACAUCACCAUCAUCUAUAAUCGAUACAAAUUGUACAUGUAUAACAUCUCUUACAUGCAAUACUAAUGGAAAUUUAGCACAUCACUACGCAAUGGGUAGAAGGAAAAAAUCAGCGAGUUUAAAUUCACCUGAUUCAAAUGAAAUUCGUCCAACAGCCGAAGAACUUGAAAAACUUCAAUCACCAUAUUGUUGGCGUAAUUAUUCGUUGAAACGCGAUCGUUGCGGUUAUGGUUUAAUUCUUCACGGAAAUGGACCAUGUUAUGUUGAACGACUAGAUCCAUAUGGCAGUGCUUACUCUUCUGGAAUAAAAGUUAAUGAGUAUAUCUAUGCCGUUGAAGGUAUCAAUGUACUGCGGCGUAGUGGUAAAGAAGUUGAACGUCUAUUAUCUAUGUUUGAUAAAUGUACGCUUUAUACCGUAUUUAACAAAGAACUAUCAUCGACAGACGAAUUACCUACAUUACCCAUACCCGAAUAUACUUCGUUAUUGACGAUAGACACAUUAUCAAAAGUAUCAUCAUCAUCUAAUAUAAAUAAUCAACUACUGUCAUCAUCAUCACACGUUUUACCAUGUUCUUCGACAGCAUCCACUACAAACUGUUCACAAGGUUCAUCGAUAGCCACUUCUUCAGCUUCGAUAUCACCGCCAAAAACGUCUAUUAAAUCUUCUAGACCCCAUUUGCAAUCGACAUUUCAGUCAUUAUUUAAAUCGAAAAAAUUGACCGAACAUCAAACGUCGUCUCCGUAUCAAACGUCAUCAAUGAACGGCACUUCUAUGAAUGCACUUAAAUAA